CUGCCGCCAUCCGCUUCGGCUGGCUAUUUCGUGCAGUCGGACGCCCGAUAUCGAUCCUCGAUGCGGGCGCACGGGACCACAGCGUCGGAUACCUCGGCAACGGCGCCGUCGUUCGUCCGUUUCUCUCAUCACGCCGCGCGCAUCUUUGGCACACGGCCCCUCCCCUCAUCGACAUCGCUCUUCGGACGAAGGCAGGGGCGCACGCGCAAGCAUCAUUUGCCCUCGGUCUUCCGGAAUACCCAGCGCGGGUUUCGGUCCAUGCGCGACCUGCCAGAUAUAAAACAGAUGUAGCAGCGACGUCCCUCCCGUGACGACCCUCCCUCCCAUCUCUCCUGGGGAAUACGAACAAAAUGGUCAACUUUACGAUCCUCGCCGGAGGGUACACGACCUUCGUCGCGUCCUACCUCUUCAACUCGGACGCGAAGACGCUCUCGCUGCUCAACACGAGCCCGACGGGCGCGAACCCGAGCUGGAUCGUGGGGCACCCGACGAACCAGCGCAUCCUCUAUGCGACGAACGAGAACGAUCCGACCGGCGGCCUGCAGUCGUUCACGAUCGGCCCGCAGGGCGUGCUCACGUCCGUCGAGGACGUGUCGAGCGACGGCGGCUCCCCGGCCUUCUGCGUGCCGUUGAGCACCGGGCAGGUCGCCAUCAUGAACUACGACGGAGGGAACGGGAAGAUCGUACCCACCACGACCGACCCGCUGCACUUCGCCGACGCCGACCUCGUCACCUUCCCCGCGACCGUCAGCCACCCGCACAUGGCCCUCCAGCACGGAAAAGAGGUCCUCGUGCCCGACCUGGGCGCGGACAAGAUCUGGAGGCUAGUCGAAGACGGCGCUCCGGGACGCUGGAAGAUCCAGGGCGACAUCCCGCAGCCGUCCGGAAGCGGCCCGCGGCACAUCGCCGUCUUCAAUAACACGCUUUUCGCCCUGCACGAGCUCGCGAGCACGCUCACCGCCCAGGCCUUCCCCGCCGCGCCGAACGGGACGAGCGCCAUCAGCGCCAACGUCUCCAUCCUCCCGCCCGCGCUCCCCGCGGGCGCCGCGAUGGCCGCCGGCGAGAUCCUCAUCCCGCCCCCCUCGCCGGCCUUCCCCGUGCCCUACGUCUACGUCUCGAACCGCAACACGGGCGUCCUGCCCCCCGAGGGCGACGCCGUCGCCGUCUUCGAGCCCGUCUUCCGCUCCCCGUCCGACGUGGAGCUCAAGCUCGUCACGCACGUGUUCACGGGCUUGGACCAGAUCAGGGGCAUGAUCGUCGGCGGCCCCGAGGACCGGUAUUUGAUCGCGGGAGGCGUCGCGGGCAGCGCGGGCGUGGUGAUGCUGGAGAGGACGCAGGGGGGACGCAAUCUGACGAUCGUGGCGAGGAACACCGAGUUGCCGACGAGGACGAGCUUUGUGUGGCUCGAGGAGGGCAGGUACACGAUAUGAGCGCGGGCAGGAAUGUGUCCCCUAGAUUCGAUUUGGGAUGUAUAUAUGCUUGCAACGUACUCCAUCAGAGAGAGAAAAAAGUGAACCGGCGAGGCUGAUAUCAC